GAGCGGGAGAAAAAGUCAUAGAAUAGAAAGAGAGUUUGUGUUGGUGUGUUUCACAGACUGCCAUUCAGGUGGGAUACUGUCGGACCGCUGACCCCACUUUCACCCACCCCCCCAGUUUGUUUAACGGCAGUGGCGGUGGACCGGAGCCUGGACACGGAGCCAGGAACAGGAACCGCAGAGCGACGUACCAAAGCCGGGGAGCGGAUAGGGGACCAUGGGCUCCGCUUCGUCCUCCUAUCGGGUCAUCUACCUGGAAGUGGACGGCAGGAUUCAGAAGGUGGUGUUUAGUAGAUUCUGCAGCCCCUGUGACAUAAAGGAGCUCUUCUGUACAGCCCUAGGUGUGCCAAGGAACACAAAUCUUUCUCUGUUGGAUUCGUCCGGAGCCAUGGUAUCCAUCGACCCCACCAUGCCACACAACACAGAGAGGUCACCGUACCGAGUGGUGCCUAUGACUGGAGGACAGCUUGCUGAUAAAGAGGAACUCUUUCAGAAUGUGCUGACGCAAGUAGCAGAGCAGUUUUCAAGGGCGUUCAAGAUCAAUGAGCUGAAGACCGAGGUCACAAACCGUCUUGCCAUGUUGGAGAAGAGAGUAGAGCUGGAGGGGAUGAAGGUGGUGGAGAUUGAGAAAUGUCGCAACGACAUCAAGAAACUCCGUGAGGAGAUGGCAUCCAGAAACAACAGUAACUUCCUGGAAGACAAUAAGAAGCUGACUCCUCGCAGAGACGUACCCUCCUACCCUAAGUACAUGCUGUCACAACAGACCAUAGACGGCCUCAAAAAACCCACCUUCGACGUCUGGCUGUGGGAGGCCAAUGAGUACCACCUGUCUAAGGAGACAGUAGCAGCUCUAAGAUUGCCUUCAUUCGAUGCUUGGCAGUGGGAACCCAAUGAGAUGCUGAGCUGUCUGGAACAUAUGUACCAUGACCUGGGCUUGGUCAAAGACUUCAACAUCAACCCCAUUACACUCAAGAGAUGGCUGCUUUGUAUUCAUGACAACUACAAGAAUAACCCCUUCCACAACUUCCGCCACUGUUUCUGUGUCACCCAGAUGAUGUACAGCAUGAUCUGCCUCUGCAGCCUACAGGAGAAGUUCACUCAGGUCGACAUAUUGAUUCUCAUGACAGCUGCUGUGUGUCAUGAUCUUGAUCACCCCGGAUUCAACAACACGUACCAAAUUAACGCCAGAACAGAGCUAGCGGUUCGCUACAACGACAUCUCUCCUCUGGAGAACCACCACUGUGCUGUUGCCUUCCAGAUCUUCUCUCAGCCCGACUGCAACAUCUUCUCCAACUUUGACCCAGAGGCCUUUAAACAGAUAAGACAGGGAGCCAUCACACUGAUCCUGGCCACAGACAUGGCAAGACACGGUGAGAUCCUGGACUCCUUCAAGCAAAAAGUCGACAAUUUUGACUACACAGAUGAGGAGCACGUCACCUGUCUGAAGAUGGUGCUUAUCAAAUGCUGCGACAUCUCCAACGAGGUGCGGCCCAUGGAGGUGGCUGAGCCCUGGGUUGACUGCCUACUGGAGGAGUACUUCAUGCAGAGUGACAGGGAGAAGGCUGAGGGGCUUCCUGUGGCUCCGUUCAUGGAUAGAGAAAAGGUCACCAAGCCGACAGCUCAGAUCGGCUUCAUUAAGUUCGUCCUCAUCCCCAUGUUUGAGACUGUGAUGAAGCUGUUCCCACAGAUUGAGGAGGCGAUGGUGCAGCCACUCAGAGAAUCAAGGGAUCGAUAUGAAGAACUCAAGCAGAUUGAUGAUGCCAUGAAUGAGGUGCAGAAAAAGAAAAGUGAGAACUUGACCAUGGGAGGGAAGAAGAAGUAAACAUUUUUGAAAAGCACCAGUGAGGGUAGAGCACGAGAGUGAAGCAGUGUGACGUACAAUAAACUGGAGUUGUCAAACACGUUGUUCAGUUACGGGCUUUCCAUCACACUGUCCUCUCCUCUUCGACUGUUGAAGAGCAGAGGACCAGCAGGAUUUGUAAUCAGGAAAAAUCAGGAGGAUUUCCAGUCUGUCACGGAACAGUGAUGGGAGUGGGUCUGAGAGCUCUGAGACAGCAUUACAAACUACUGAUGGACUCAAGGACAACAUGGACAAUCCAAAGCUUUUUUCAGGAAAUGUCAACAUUUGUACAGCACAGACUACUUCAGUGAACAAUAUUUAGAUAGGCAUCUUGCAUGGUUUUUUAUUUGAAAUGUGUUGUUUUUUACAAUUUGUACAGAUAUUUAGUGACCCUUGUA